GUAUCUUGACUCGAUCAGUCCUCGUGCUGAUGGACCCCAUUAGUCUUGCGCGACUGUUAACUGAACUGUUGUUGGCCAAGCUAUUUCAAGGUUGAAACAGACAGCUUUGAUCUUCCCCUCCUCAAGUAUCUAACUCUUAUUUCCAAUUCAUCUACACACAGCUUAUGCAUGACUCUGCAUAUGAUGUUCAUCCGGAGCAUCUUCACUCUUGUCGCGAUUCUUGCAGUAAUCUCGACGAUCGACAGCCGGUCUCUGCCGGGUGAUUCUUCGCCGCUAAUUUCAGAUGGCGUUGAUCGUGGCCGUGAUCAGCAUGGUGAACCAUCUAAAUUGCUUCUUCUCAGAGGAACAGCGGUUGUGUUGGACGAUGAGGUUGAAGUUUGUGAGCAGAUGUAUGGAUUCUUGCCAUGCUCGUACAGCACAGCAGGUCACCUGUUCUUGAUAUUGGUCUAUGAGUAUCUGCUGUUUCACGGGGAGUCCUACGUUGCUUCCGGGAGCCAGCAGAUAUUUAAGGUGCUUGGUCCCGGAAUAUUUGGUGCCUCUGCAUUCCAUGUGCUUAGUGCUCUACCAGAGGCCUUAAUACUUCUAGCAUCUGGACUUCUAAACAGCAAAGAGGUGGCGCAGGAAUAUGUCGUGACUGGUGUUGGCUUGCUGGCCGGAUCCUCGAUCCUGCUUCUGACAUUGCUAUGGGGAACUUGCGUCCUCCUUGGUAGCAGAGAUUUCUGUGAUGGAAUGGAGCGCAACACUUCAAGUUCAAGCAACUAUUCAGGGAAGAAGUUCUUAUCUUCCUUGAAAGGCUCCGGUAUCAUCACUGAUUUGAAGACUAGCUACACUGCCAGGAUAAUGGUAUUCUCAGCAAUACCAUUCAUCAUGAUACAAAUCCCGGAUAUAUUCUUGAUUUAUUCAGCUCAACGCAUUGUGAUCCUGUGUGCUCUUGCUGUUUCAGUUGGGUUGCUGCUCUUAUACUUCUUCUAUCAGAUAUUUGAGCCAUGGAUUCAAAAGAGAAGACUCGAGUAUGUGAAACACGAGCAGCUAGUACUUCGAAUCAUACAACAUAUGCAACGUCACGCACUAGAAAGACUUGUCACAGAGGAUGGAGCGCCAAACAUACAGGCUCUCAGGAGGCUAUUUGAAGAAAUCGAUCAUGAUGGGGAUGAUGCUAUAUCGCCAUCCGAAUUAAAAGAGUUGUUGCUAGAAAUCAAGUUCAAACACGAGCAUGUGGACAAAGAUAAAGCGGUAGAUGAUGUUAUAAAGGAAUUUGACAUUGACAGUGACCAAAGGAUAAGCAAAGACAAAUUCGUCACUGGAUUCACGAAAUGGCUCGAGGAGGCAAAGAUUACGAUGGACAAGCAAACUCACUCAAAAAGGUCUUUUAAGGACUUGUAUCAGCUCUUUCAACCUUUUAUUCAGAAGAAGGAAGAACGUAAACUGAAAAAGAAAAUAGUUGAAGAAAUUCUUGCGCAUGUGCAUACCGAUCCUGUCGAAAACCUAUUCACAGAAAAUGGCACACCUGAUCUACCUGCUAUUAGAAGAUUGUUUGAGCAGAUUGAUCGCAAUGGAGACAACAGCAUAUCACAAUCUGAGCUGAAGGAACUCCUGAUGGGCAUCAAGUUUGGUGACAUACCUUUUGACGUGGACGAAGUAGUUUUAAAGGUCAUUGAGGUCUUCGACAGAAGCGGAAACCGCCAGAUAAAUGAGGAGGAAUUUGUUACUGGAUUGGCUAGUUUGCUCGAUACUUCAGUUAAAGGCGAUGAGAGCCAAGCGCCUAAAUUAAAUACCAGUCAAGACGAUUUCUAUCAACGAACUUGGGAAGAAACCGACAAAUUGGUGGACGAAGAUAAUGGAAAAGGAGAUGUCGAGAAGUCGUCGUGGAUUUGGGUCAAGUCUAUAUCAUUGUUGUUGCUCGGAGUUAUCAUAGUAUCGGUCCUUGCAGAACCUCUCAUCUCUAGUGUGCAGAGUUUUUCGACAUCAGCGGGCAUACCGUCUUUCUUCGUCUCAUUCAUAUUGGUUCCUCUGGCCACAAACGCAAGAGGAGCUACUGCAGCAAUCAAAGCCUGCAGACAUAAGAAGGCGCGAACCACUUCUCUAACAUUUUCCGAGAUCUAUGGAGAGGUGUUCAUGAGCAACAUGCUCGGCUUCUGCAUCCUCUUGUCGCUGAUAUACGCCCGCAACUUGACAUGGGAAUUCUCUGCUGAAGUUCUUGCGGUGCUAAUCGUGUGUGGUGUGGUGGGUGUGAUUGCAAGGUUCAGGUCAACCUUCCCAGUUUUGGACAUCAAUCUUGGCUUACUUGUUGUACCGUCUGUCUCUCCUCUUGGUCUAUGUUCUUGGUGAUGUCGUGAAUUAUUCCUAGGACUGUACACAUACUGCUUGAGAAUUCUAUGCUGCCAAUUUUGGUUAAUUUAGCACGUUCCGGAUUUGAUCAUUGAAGGUGUAAUAAUACGUUUGGAGUCCGGAGUUGUGCCUGGAUGGUCCCUCGGACACUUGAGUUAGAGUGACAAGACUGUGGAAAGCCAAAAUAGGGAGUGAAUUAUCACAAGGCAUUCUUACUUGCUGGGUCUUUGGUCUUGCUCUCUAUCUAUAAGCACUUGACCUCAUAAUAUGUGAGGUAAUACGGGA